UGAAGUUUAAUUAAUAAUGCCGCGACCAAGACGAUCGAAUCUUUCCCGACAAAGCCGUAAUGCAAGAAGAAUACAAAAUACUGCAAAUGAAAGGACUGAAGAAGAACAAGAAAUUGCACGUGAACAGCGCCGCAAUAGUAUGGCUCGACUUCGUGCUUCUCAAUCACGAGAGCAAAGUGAAGCAGCCCGUGAAACAGCUCGGUUGGCAAUGCAGAAUCGUCAAGCGAACAACAGAAGUCAACAAAUAAAUCAUUUGCGACGCAGAACAAGAUAUUUAGCUGAUUUGAAUCGAGCUGCGUUUCGAUACGAUUGCAGCAAUGAUUACAGCUUGCAUCCUAGCGUUUGCAUUGGGCAAAUGGACGUUGUUUGCGAGUAUUGUGGUGCAUUAAAGUUUUCCGGAGAAACGCCUGGAUUAUGCUGCGUUAAUGGUAAAGUGAAAUUGCCAGUGUUGACUCCGCCACAUGAGCCAUUGUAUUCAUUGCUUUGCGGCGAAACACAAGAAUCACGCCACUUUCUUGCAAAUACUCGAAAAUACAAUAGUUGUUUCCAAAUGACGUCAUUUGGGGCAGACAUUAUCGAAGAAGGAGGUUUUAAUCCGACAUUUAAGAAUGAAGCACUAAUAUUGGAAAUGAAUACUAAAAUGUGAUCUUGGAUAAUUGAUUUUUUUUAUUAAAUAUAAAGAAAAUAAGAAAUAAAAAUGUUUAAUGGUGCUUUUUUGCAUGUCGGCCAGAUAGGUUAUAUGGAAGCUAUA